AUGGCCAGCCCUCUAGAUCCCAACUCUCUGCUCAACACGCUCCAAGGGCUGCUGCCGAGGGGCACAACUUCCCCCCUCCCACACCCCACAGACGCUCCCGCCGCACUCGUACACGCCAUACACACUGCCCUCGGCUUCCGCCUCGUCCCCUCCCAGACAUUCCACCCCCACCCAACUCCCGGGCCGAAUGAUGAUCGAGAAGAAGAUGUGGACGAUAACCAAUCUGAGAUCACCGCCGUCGACCCCGACCCCACCGACGAUGCACCCACGCCGAACGCUCUCGGCCAAGACUGGAACACCCGGGGAGAAGAUUCAUACACCUUUGAAUACAGGCAUGCGCAAAGCGCCAUGGUCUUCAGAGUCAGGGUGGGAAGGAUGGGGGGGAGAGUGCAGGUUGAUGCUAUGGCAGAAGAUGGCGAACCACACAACCUUUCUAUCGUCCUCGCCGACCUGGUCCAGCCGGCGUCUUUCCCCAUCCCGAGUCCAGCUACGGCUUCCUCGGCGGAAUCUAGCGAUGGUGGUGAUGCGGCCAAGAAGCUGGGGUUCAAGUCUCUUACCGAUGUGAAUACCUUUGUGGAAAAGUACGAUCGCGAAAUUAUAUCAAAGCUUCUUCCAGGACUUGACAUUCCAGGAUACACCCAACCAAGUUCAUCAAACUCGCGCCAACCACCCAACCCACCCGGCUCUUCCAACCCUGCAGCAACCCGCCCCACCUACCCCUCCCUCCUCGAAGACCCUCCCCUCCGCUCGGGCAUGAACCCCGCCUCCAUCGGCCAUCGCGACCUCGACCCUUUCUCCGGUCUCCGCCCCGGCGCGGGGUCGGGGUUCAACCCCGGGUCGGAUGGAGGUGGUAUGCUGGUCGAUUUCAACCAUCCCCUCUUUGCUGGCCGACGCCAAGGCGGAGGGCUGGGAGGAGGGUUGGGAGGGGAUGAUAUAACAGGCCCAGGUGGGAGUGUACAACCGCCUGGGGCGAGGUGGGAUCCUGUUGGACCGGCUUCUGGGGGGAUCGGGCCGAGACCCACCCCGGGUGCGGGUGGGUUUGGCGGUGGCGUGGGAGGAGGAAGGAGUGAUAGGUGGGGCGACGAAUUGGCACCUCCGGGAGAGUUUGGGCCUGAUCUGGGACAGCUCGGUGGACGUGGUUCAAGCGGUGGAGGAUUUGGUGGUCUUGGAGGUGGACUUGGAGGCGGGCUUGGUGGGCUUGGUGGGCUUGGUGGAAGAGGCGGUCGAGGUGGAAAUGGAGGUGGCGGAGGAGGAGGGUUUGGUGGGUUGGGAGGAGGGGGUGGAUUUGGUGGUGGGAUGUAUAUGUAA